AUGAUGAGUAUGCAGUACUUACUAAGAGAAGGGGAGCCGAAGGACCAAGCAGAAACAGGGGACAAGGAAGAGCAGAGACAAAAACAGCACCGAAGCCGAAGUAUCCGAAAUUUACCACCAGUAUACCUCUACAAGACUAACCCCUAUGGGAGAUAUAGAGUCAUAUAUUAUCAAAUACCAAGAGAAGACAGGCCUGGAGAUAAUAUAAAGAUAAGAAGGAAGGGGGAAAUCCCUAGACAAAGGGGAAUUAAUCUUAAAGAUUAA